AUGUUCUUUAUGGAUAAGGCUAAGGACAAGAGAGACAAGGCUGCUAUGAAGGAUGCAACAGGCACCGAGAAACUCACCAUAUUCGGAGCUCAACGAAGCCGUCGUGGAGCCCUACUUAAGGUGAUGUCGUCGGUUGAAACUAAGAACCCUGGAUGGUUCACAGAUGGCUGCACUGAGAAGCGCCAUAAGGACGUGAAGGGCUUCGCUACUGACAGGCUGUACCUGUCGUCGGAUGAUCUCUCCUAUGCUUUGGGUAAGCGAGGAACAACUAGGAAGAAGUUGGCCGCUGCUUCUGGGUGUAUAUUGGAGUAUGUGGGGCAGUGGUGCUUCAUGGCUGGCACUGAGGCGCAGAGGGAGAGGUGCCGUAAGUAUUUGAAGUGGCUGACCGCACAAAGGCAUGGACCUGUUAGUCUUGGUAGUAGAGAUUUGAGGGGAAGAGAUGACUGGGAUAGAGUUGAAGUGAAGAGGGAGCUACGCUCGCAGUUGGCUGGUAAUCGUGGUCAAGAACUGAGGCGUGUCGAAGAGGACACCAGCACGUUCUGUUUCAUGGCAUAUAAUGAGGAUAAGAGCGAUGAAAGGCUGUUGGUGUUUGGGUAUAGUCAGGCCAAUAGGGAGAGGGCUAUACGCCAGGUGGGUUAUUGGCUUUAUGUGUGA